GCAACAUCGUAAAUCCGAGUGUUUUUUGAGUCACCGUGCUCUCGUGUCUAACUGUCUAUGAUCACUGAUUUUGUGUACAUUAGAUGCAUAUAAAAGAAUAAAGGCAAAUUCUUUCUUCCCUAUUCUAAACCCAGAAAGAGUGGAACUUUGGAGCAAGAUCUGCGCACAAGCCUUUUGCCAACAUCAUUCCCAGCAACAAUCGUAAACUCCGCAUUCCUCGAAGGCAGCUGAUUCAACUUAUUAACUCCCAAUUAAGACAGCACUAUAUCUCUGUUGGGAUUAGGGAAGAUGAUAUUAAGGCAAUUGGAGCACAUAAUGUUGUCACAGACUUUUACUGCCAUUACCAGGAGUUCCACUCUUCAGAGCAUGAGGUGUUCCUUCAUCACCCCGCUCUUCACAUCAUCAAGAGGUCUUCGAACUUUAUCCACCACGAUUACUAGAUCCUGCAAGAAGAUGGAAUCGGAUUCUUUUGCGUUUGGGCCUUACAAAAUAGAUCCAAAAGAAGUAUUUUACUCUACCAAUCUCUCUUAUGCCAUGGUGAAUUUGCGUCCUGUUCUUCCUGGUCAUGUACUCGUCUGUCCAAGGCGUGAAGUAAAGCGCUUUGCCGAUCUCACUGGUGAUGAGACCUGUGAUUUAUGGCUCACAGCACAAAAAGUUGGCAGGAAGUUGGAGCAUUACCAUAAAGCAUCAUCACUAACUCUUACAAUUCAAGAUGGGCCUCAAGCAGGACAGACCGUACCACAUGUCCACAUUCAUAUAAUUCCUCGGAAGACUGGUGACUUUGAGAAGAACGAUGAAAUCUAUGAUGUGAUUGAUGUUAAGGAGAAGGAAUUAGCUCAAAAGCUGGACUUGGACAAUGAAAGGAAGGAUAGAACCCUUGAAGAAAUGAAUCAGGAGGCAGAGGAAUACAGGGCUCUGUUCAAGUAACUAUUAAGCGUUGGUGCCCAUAUUUGCUUCAUAUUUCGCCCUGAUUUCACUUUCUUGCUCGUUUAGAACACACUGUUUUUUUUCAGAAACUGGGUAUUAUGCACUAACUAUUGAUCAUACAAUAUGAUUGAAAAUUUAAUGCUAGGUCAUGCAGUACUUGAUGCUUUACUAUGUUUAGCAUCUUUCUUCACUCUAAUUAAAAAUCAAUUGCUGAUGCUAUCUGAAAAUUAUAUCCUGACAAAAAGAUAUGUUAUUUCAAGCUUACUAUUCAAUUUUUA